AUGUUUGUAAGGAAAGUUGGAUGGGAAGCGGAUGAAGAGGAGAAGAUGGGACGAGAGAGAAAGGAGAUGAGAGUGAACAUUAUAAAGCGCCGGGGCAUGCCCGACUGUAUCGAGGAUGUGAUACGCUCUCGCGACGAUACGCUACACUCUCACGACGAUACGAUACACUCUCUCGACAAUGCUAUACACUCCCGCGACGAUGCGAUACGCUCUCGCGACGAUACGAUCGUUGCCUGGUCGUAA